UAAAUGUGCGAAAUAUGGUAAACAAAACAGAAAGGCCUAGAUAUGCUAUGAUUUUUUACAAUUUUAGACAGUUUUAUAUCACUUUCGUGGUGCCGCAUCGACACCCUUUUUAGAAACGAUCUUAUGCUGGUCUUGAAAGUCUUGUGAACUUAUCUCUCUAAUGCUUAAAUUCAUGAGUCAUGAAUCUAAAUGAACAGUACAAAGUUUAGAAUUUCUACCAAAAUUUUCCGUCCAACAGAUGUUUUUAUCUCUGAUUUCACCCAGGCCUACAAGUAUAUCAUGCUAAUUGGAGCGCCUGGGUGAAUACUGGCAUAACUCUAUAAAGCUCUUUACACAGUGGUGCAAUUUGUAGACAUUGAUUUCGAUUAGGAGGAAGUAUUUCGAAAGCAUGAAACUUUUACGGACCAGCAUUGAUGAUCAGAAUAGCUUUGUUAUUGACCUGAUUAAUAUUCAUAAGUAAAUGGGAAUGGUGCCAUUUCGUGAGAAAAUAUUAACACGUAGCUCUGUUGAUAAUACAUGAUACAAUAUCUACGCACCUCGGCAAGGUCUAUGCUGUGUGAGGGUCUUUCAAGACUACCCCCAAGUCCUAAUCCGAAGAUAAAGGUGAGUAGAAGAAGCCAGCAGAAGGAAAGCAACAAUAACAACUCUUCUGGCGAGUCAAGCAGCGAACGCGCCAACAGUCCCGCUACCGCACAGUUUCGGCAUGGGUCAAAAGUGGAAGCAGGGCGGUCGCAUUCGUCGUCCUCAGACCAGAGGCGAUCGAACCAUGAGACGCACACAACCAACCCACGAGAAGAACAGAAGAAGGAGAAAUCAGACCGACCCAGACAUUCAGAAGACAAAUAUCGAAAAUCUGCACACGACCAUGACAGAAGAAGACGGGACAGUGAUCACAGAGACGGGAAGGAUGGCAGAAAGUCUAGGGAUGACGAGAGGAGGACUAAGGAAGAAGACAAACGCAAAGAUCGAUCUGCUUCCAGGUCAAAUAGAGAAGAGAAAAGCGAAGAUAAGGAUAGAAGUAACAAAGAUUAUCAUCAUCGCGAUGAUCGGAGAGAUAGAGACAGACGCAGAGAUCGUGACAGAGAUCGCCGACAUCCCAGAGAGGAAAGAAUCAAAGAUCGUCACAGAGAAGAGCGUCCAGUUCAUCCGAAAGAAAAAGAAAGAGUCAGAUCUCGAUCCAGAUCCAGGUCUAAAGAUCACGUAGUGCCCCCGUUCAGGGCAAUGACUUAUCGUGAGGAAAAAAGUAGAAACAAAAUGGCGCAGCUUGAAAAAUUAGGCAUAGAACUAAAAGCUCCGGAAGGGGAAAAUAGUGCAACGAAUGUUCAGAGUGAACAGAAUUAUUAUAAUCCCCUGGCUACAGCUACUCAAGGAAAGUAUGCGGAGCAAAUACAGAAGCGGAAACUUCUGUGGGCUAACAAGUCAAAGCCGGACGAAAGUAAAUCCUCAAGUUUGGCAGCUGGAACAGCCAACACAUGGGUUGGUACGACAUUUACGCACGACCAAGACGGUAAAGUAACGGCAAAGUUCAAACGACUGAUGGGGAUCAAAGGUGACUUACCGGUUUCCGGACCUGGAUCAGAAACUGGACCUAAACCAGAGAUACUAAAAAAACAGGAAGAAAUGUUCAGUAACAUGGAACAGCAAUACGAAGUUGCACGUGCUACAACCCACACUCAACGCGGAGUCGGAUUUGGCUAUGCUACGGGGGGGUAUCAAUUUCCACGAUAAAAAGUCUUGUGUGCAUUUAGACUUUGCUAUAUCCAAUACUACAGAGUUAUUUUUACGGACAUGGGUUACCCGUUAGUAUUCAUCCAGUAGCUAAUUGAAGAGUUCUUGAGAACUUUUCAAAAAUGGUAAGUAAAGGUCAUAUUGAGAUCGAUUUUUCUUUAGGGUGUUGUUAAUCCGUAUAGGUAUGCUCCGUAUAUAGUCGCACGACUUGUGUAAGAUGUCAAAGUAUUUUAUAACAAAAUAUCUGAGUAACCGUCGUUACCAAAAUCACACCAGAUUGUCGCACGAAAUUAAAAAAGCGUUAAUACAUAUAACAAAAAUAUAUUUCGGGAGUGCGGGGAAAACAGUAUGAGAGAGAGAGACAGUUAUUACUAUCAUGUACUUCUACUAUGAAAAUAAAUUUAAUACAGACCCAUUA